GUGGAGGUAAUCCCGGUUCUAAGCGUGAAGUCCAAGACCAGAAAGAUAACGAAAAACGCGAACCAUCAAGAGGUUCAAGUGAUGGUAGCAACCUUUACCGAGGUGGAGGUAACCCCGGCUCUAAGCGUGAAGUCCAAGAACAGAAAGAUAACGAAAAACGCGAACCAUCAAGAGGUUCAAGUAGCAGUAGCAACUUAUACCGAGGUGGAGGAAACCACGGCUCUAAGCGUGAAGCCCAAGACCAGAAUGAUAACGAAAAGCGCGAACCAUCAAGAUAUGGUUCUUCAGGUACCACUGGAAACUACCGACCCGGUAAGCGUGAAGUCCAAGGCCAAGUUCCUAAACACGAACCAAAAAGAACUGCAUUUCCUAUAUAUCCCUAA